AUGGAGGCUAAACCGAUAGUUCUCGAGAACACGAGCCGGCGUGAUGCCCUCAUCGCUGUUGAGAAGAAGUACAAGCAGGUCUGGAAGGAAGAAAAGGUGUUUGAAGUGAACGCUCCAACCAACGAGGAAGUGCCAUACGGCACUUCUUGGGAGGAACUUCACGCAAAGCACCCUAAAUUUCUCACCACGAUGGCAUAUCCAUACAUGAACGGUGUUCUUCAUGCCGGACACAGUUUCACGCUCUCGAAGAGUGAAUUCACAGCUUCUUUCGAGAGACUGAAGGGCGUGAAGGUGAUUUUCCCUCUUGGAUUCCACUGUACAGGAAUGCCUAUUUGUGCUGCUGCCGACAAGCUCAAGAGAGAGAUCGAGAUGUUUGGUGAGGACUUCUCGAAGGUGCCUGCAGAAGACGAACAGCCCGAGGAGGAGGCAAAGACAGCUACCAAGAAGGAAGAUGUGACCAAAUUCAAUGCCAAGAAGUCCAAGGUUCAAGCCAAGCAGGGCCGUGGAAAAUACCAGUUUGAGAUCAUGGAGCAGCUCGGGAUCCCAAGAUCCGAGAUCUCGAAAUUUGCUGACCCUUACUACUGGGUGACUUUCUUCCCUCCUCUUGUUGAGAAAGAUGUCACGGCUUUUGGAGGUAAGGUUGACUGGAGAAGAUCGACGGUCACGACAGAUUUUAAUAGCUACUACGAUUCGUUUGUUAGAUGGCAGAUGAACAGGCUGAGAGAGCAGAACAAAAUCAAGUUCGGUGAAAGAUACACCAUCUACUCCGUCAAGGACGGCCAGCCAUGUAUGGAUCACGACAGACAGUCGGGAGAGGCUGUUCUGCCUCAAGAGUACACUGGAUUGAAGAUCGAGAUCACCGAGUUUGCUGAAAAAGCACAAGAGGUUUUCGAAAACGAGAACUUUGAUCUCGCUGGCAAAAAGGUGUUUCUGGUGGCAGCCACUUUGAGACCGGAAACCAUGUACGGCCAGACGUGCUGUUUUGUUUCUCCAAAAAUCAACUAUGGUUUGUUUGACGCCGGAAAUGGGAACUACUACAUCUGCACCGAGAGAUCGUUCAAGAACAUGAGCUACCAGAAGCUGACUCCUAGGAGAGGAGACUUCAAGCCAAUUUUGAAGAUCAACGGUGCUUCUCUGAUAGGUUCCAAGAUCGACGCUCCGCUCACAGUGUUCAAGAACUUGAGAGUGCUUCCUAUGGAGACCGUCCUAGAGUCCAAGGGAACAGGCGUGGUUACGUGUGUUCCGUCCGACUCUCCAGACGAUUAUGCUACGACGAGAGACUUGCACAAUAAGGCCGAUUUCUACGGAAUUAAUAAGGAUUGGGUCAUCACCGACAUCCUCCCAGUCAUCAAGACAGAAAAGUACGGUGACAAAUGUGCAGAGUAUCUUGUUAAGGAGCUGAAGAUUAACUCGUCCAAAGACACCGUUCCUCUUGCCACGGCUAAGGAAUUGGCUUAUAAGGAGGGUUUCUACAAUGGUACCAUGAUCGUUGGCAAAUAUGCUGGUCAAAAGGUCCAGGAUGCCAAGGAGAAGGUCAAGAAGGACUUGAUUGCUUCGGGCGACGCCUUCGCCUACAGUGAGCCUGAGUCACUGGUCAUCUCCAGAUCUGGAGACGAGUGUAUUGUUUCUCUCGAAGACCAAUGGUAUCUGGACUAUGGUGAAGAAAAAUGGAAAGAACAAGCAUUGGAAUGUCUUUCUCAACUGAACGCUUACAGUCCAGAGGUCAAAAAUGCCUUUGAAGGUGUUCUGAAUUGGCUGAAAAACUGGGCUGUUUCCAGAAGUUAUGGUUUGGGCACAAGGAUUCCUUGGGAUCCAAAGUAUCUUGUCGAGUCUCUGUCGGACUCCACUAUCUACCAUGCCUACUACACAGUGGCUCAUCUGUUACACGAAGAUUUCUAUGGUAAGGUUACUGGUCCUCUUGGUAUCAAGCCAGAACAGAUGACCGACGAAGUCUGGGACUACAUUUUCUGCAACGCUGACAAGGUCGACAGCAGCAUUCCUCAGGAGCAUCUGGACCUGAUGAGGAGAGAGUUUGAGUACUUCUACCCUACAGACAUGUCUGUGUCUGGAAAGGACCUGAUUCCAAACCACUUGACUUUCUUCAUCUACUGCCAUACUGCUCUGUUCAAGAAGCAGUUCUGGCCUAAGGGAAUUAGAUGCAAUGGACACUUGAUGCUGAAUAAUGCCAAGAUGUCGAAGUCUACCGGUAAUUUCAUGACUUUGGAGCAAAUGGUGGAGAAAUUCGGAGCCGACGCUUCGAGAAUUGCUCUUGCAGAUGCAGGUGACAGUGUUGAAGACGCCAACUUCGAGGAGAGCAACGCUAAUGCAGCCAUUCUGAGAAUGUACACAUUGAGGGAAUGGGCUGAGGAAACGAUCAAAACCAUUGACUCUUUCAGAACCGGCGAGUACAAUUUCUUUGACAAAGCCUUUGAUAAUGAGAUGAACGCUUUGAUCAACGAGACGUACAAACAGUUUGAUGCAACUCAUUUCAAGGGUGGUUUGAAGAGUGGUCUAUUCGACUAUCAAACCGCCAGAGACUACUACAGAGAAGUCAGCAAUAUCGGCCCGGGUAUGCACAGGGACCUGGUCCUCAAAUACCUAGAAACCCAGGCUCUCUUGGUGUCGCCAAUCGCUCCUCACUUUGCGGAGUACAUAUAUAGAGACGUCCUGGGUCACAAAGAGUCCAUUUUGAACGCCAGAUGGCCAACUCCAAAGGAGCCUAUCUCGACUCCGUUGACCGAUGCAUUGACAUAUAUCAGGACUCUGGCUAGAUCUAUCAGAGAGACCGAAGGUCAGCUUCUCAAGAAGAAGAAGGGCAAGCCUGCAGAUUUGGACAAGGACAAGCCUUGUGUCUUGACAUUGUACAUUUCAGCAAGCUUCCCUGAGUGGCAGAAAAACUACGUUGAGCUUGUUAGACGACUCUUCGAGGAGCACAAACUUGACGACAACAACGAGAUCAAAGCCAACAUCGACGGAAGAGAUAUGAAGAAAGCCAUGCCAUUUGUCUCUUCGUUGAAGAAAAGACUUGCUACCGAGUCUCCCGAGUCCGUGUUCAAUAGAGAGCUGUCUUUCAGCGAGCUUGACACUGUGAAAGUGGCCAAGGAUGUCAUCAAGAAAGCUGCUGCCAUUUGCAAUGUUGUGGACGUCAAGGCCGUCCCAAUUGAUAGCAAGAGCACAUCCGGUCAAGACGUCUUCACCGGCGAGACUGUUGAGAUUCCUACAGGAAAGAUUCUGGAGAGUUCUGUUCCAGGACAGCCAGCUAUUUCCAUCAAGAAUGUUUAG